AUGUUGACAACUCUUAUUUUAGCUUCCCUUGGAACCUUGGGAUAUUUGUCCAAUGCGUAUCAUUUUUCACUUUUGGCAGAACAAUUAGGUUUAUUCUAUAGUGCUUUAUCUACAUAUUAUUUAGGAGCCUCACUUGUUUGUAUUGCUGGUAUUAUUGGAGUAAUAAAGCUUCAUUUCUGUUUGGCAGUAUGGGCUUAUUAUCAAAAACUUAAGAUGGAAGAAAAACAGAGUGAAAUUCCCAACCCUGAUUAUGUUGUUUAUUAUACUCCUGUUCCAGCUUAUGCUGUCUCCCCACCACCAGCAUACGAUUCAGUCGCUUCAUCUCAAAUUGACGGAAAAACUAACGUAAAUAAUAACACUGAUCAAAAGUCUACCACUACUGUUAAUGUUGUUGAAUCAGAUG